AUGGACCCACCUGCGCAUGAUGCAACUCAAAGCGGUACUAAACGGACCGUGGCGACGAUGGACUCUGAAAUAGAGUCGCUGGCGGCAUCUAUGGCUGGCCCUGUACUCACAGAACGGCAGAAUAAACGCGUCAAACGGUAUGCUCCGAUGACGCAAGUCGCCUCCCAAAUAGAAUCGACCGAAGAUGAAGCAUCAUCUAACUGGCACCCUCCAGGCUACAUAAAGCAUUUAAAGUUACGAAAUUUUAUGUGUCACGAACAUUUUCAGCUGGACCUUGGACCAAAACUUAAUUUUAUUGUUGGCAAUAAUGGGAGUGGGAAAAGCGCCAUCUUGACUGCUAUUACGGUGGGGCUCGGCGCAAAAGCUACUGAUACAAAUCGAGGUACAAGUCUCAAGGAUCUCAUCCGCGAUGGGUGCAGUUCAGCCAAAAUUGAAAUUGUUCUGAAUAAUGAGGGUUUUGGAGGCUACGAACAAGGUACAUACGGGAAUGAAAUUGUAAUAGAGCGCACGAUAAAAAGAGAUGGCCCUGCCAAGUUCAGCAUUAAGGGAGAGAAUAGGGAGGAAGUUUCUCAUACGAAGCGAGACUUGCAAGCAAUUGUAGAGUAUUUCGCUGUUCCCGUAAUGAAUCCAAUGUGUUUUCUUUCUCAAGAUGCUGCAAGAUCUUUCUUAACAGCAAGCACACCGGCUGACAAAUAUAAACAUUUUAUGAGAGGUACUCUUUUGGAGGAUACAGAGAUCAAUUUGAACCGGGCGCUGGAGAUUGCAAUUAGUGCUCAAAACAAUCUAGAUUUUCACGCCAAGAACGUUAAAGAGCUUCGGCAAGAAUUUGAGGGCUCUAAAGGACUAUUAAAACAACUCACCGCCAAUCAAGAUUUAAAUAGACGGAAAAAAGCACUGCAAGGCAAGCUUCUAUGGUUAAGCGUUGUAGAGAAUGAAAAUUCACUCCUCAAAUUGCAAGAGGGCAACAAUAGUGUUCAGGAUAAAAUUAUCGAAGUUGAGAAAAAGAUCAGCGGCAGGAACACAACUAUUGAAAGACUCGAUAGCGACCAGACCGCGAUGGAGCAAAAAACAGAAGAUGCUCUCAAUAAUUGGCAAGACAAGAAAAGAGCUUUUGAGGAUACACGUUUAGCUAUGAACCGAGUAAAAGUGGAGUUCGAUACUCAAAAGCAAAACCGAGCUGAAACGGCUGAACUAAUCAAAGGAGCCGAAUCCAAAAUUCUCAGUUUUAAUAAAAUAAUCGCAAAUUUCGAAGAUCAGUUGAGAAAGCAAAUGGGUGGGGAUAAGAAACAAAUGCAGGAUGAGGCUGAAGGUCUUAAACUUAAAGUUGAGGCUUCUAACAAGAGACUAUCGACGUCGAAUGUGCGGCUGGGGGAACUGAGAGAGAGAAUUACAGCUCUUUCCGCACAGAAUGAAGAGUUAAUAACUGCCAAAAAAGACAGCAUUGUGAGGAAGCAAGAAUAUCUCAAUAGAGCUCUGCAAGGAAACAAUAGUUUUCUUGCAAAUUUUGAUCUUAAUAUGGAAAAGGUGAUCAGGACAAUUGAACAACGACAAAAUGAGUUCGCAACAAAACCUCUUGGACCAUUAGGCGCUCACGUUAAGGUCAAAAACGAAUUCAAGGAGUGGACGAGAAGCAUCCAGCGGUACUUGCGAGGUACAGUUGGCGCUUUUGUCGUAUCCACUGUUGAGGAUAACGCACUUUUAAAGCAAAUAUUCCGCUCCUGUAAUCUUAGAGUCAAUCCCAAUGUAAUGACGUACAAGUUCGAUGAAUUCGACUUCAAUGCAGGAAGUGCGAAGGUGAGUUACCCAACCAUAGUUGAUGCGUUAGAGUUCGAUUCGAGGGCUCUUAGAUGCUUGUUUGUUGAUCAAAAUAGGAUUGAAAAAGUACUUCUGAUCAAGAAUAAAGAUGAAGCUAGAGAGGUGCUAAUGGGAAAACCGAGAAACGUAAUUUUGACCUUAUCCAUUUUAGACGCAUACAAUGGUUUUCAGUGCUCUAUGACUCCCGCCAAACCAUUCGCCAUUGAUUCGGUCGCUUUCGAUGAAAAGCUCAAAUUGGUCACCGAAACCUCGUCUGAGGACGACAUAGCUUACUUGAAAAGCCUUAUAAUUGGUGAAAAGGCUGAUUUGGAAGAAUUGAUUGAAAACCAUAAGCAAUCUCUCGCAAAGCUGAAAGCUCAUCGCAACGAUAUCGAGCUUGAAAUGAAGUCUUUAAAGCAGGAAAUCACAGCUUCCGGUAAGCGCGAAGUUUCCAUCCGGAUGGAGCUAGAAAGGGAGAUUGAUACGGGCGUUCGUGAACAAGCAGAAGCUGAUAAGGAUACCUAUGAAGAAGCCAUAUCAAGCUAUUCAUUGGCUCUUGAAGAAAUUGAUAAGAAGUUGGAUGAAAUCAGUCAAAAAGCACAACCAUUGAAGCAGACGCUUAGCGACUCCAAGCAUGAUGUUCAAGAAGCCGAAGAUGCAAUGACUGAGAUUAAGCAGUCUUCUUCCUCCAGGUCGGCAAAGUUAGAAAAGCUACAUGAGGAUGUCAAGUACUACAAUGAAAAAUUGGUUGGCUACCAACGCAAACUCGAGGAAACUAGCAGAAAAAUACAGGAGUUUCAGAUUGGUAUUGAGGGACAGAUUUCUAACGCAGAAGUCUACUGUUCUAGAGACGUUGCUUACGCACAAGACAUGCCUGGCACAAAAGAGGAUGUUAAGGCAGAAAUAGAAAGAGUCACAAUACAAAUUCAGCGAGCUGAGAGCAGGGUUGGUCUUUCACAAGAUCAGGUGGUAGAACUGUUCGAAAAGGCAAAGUUGAAGUACAAAAGCGCAGAAAAGCGGUACGCCGAAAUGGACAACGUUAUCAUACAACUUAACAAUUCCAUCAACAGACGUUUGCAAUCACUAAACUAUGGAAAAACUGAUACAUGCGGCACAGCGGAUACAGACUUUAAGCAAUCUUUGCGGUUCAGAAAUUACUCAGGCGGGCUCAAUUUUGACUUCAAUAAGAGAACACUCAACAUGUUCGUUAAAACCCCUAAUGACGAUCAACCCAGAAACGUUGAUACGUUUUCAGGUGGAGAAAAGUCAUUUUCUCAAAUAGCACUCCUGCUUGCCACGUGGAGACCCAUGCGAUCAAGGAUUCUUGCUUUAGAUGAGUUUGAUGUUUUCAUGGAUCAAGUGAAUCGGGAAAUCGGAACCAGAUUGAUAAUGCGCAAGCUAUUCGAUGACAACAGAACUCAAACUGUAAUUAUAACUCCACAAGAUAUCGGCAAAAUAGCGAGCUUAGACUUUCCGGGGAUUUGCAUACACAGGAUGAAUGACCCUGAGAGACAAAAUAAUUCAGAUUUCUACUCAUGA